CAACCACAAAAGGGGUGGACCUUAGCCUAUAAAGGGAAGUGAGCACUGACCCUGGCUUUUCAGGGUCCAAUAUUUUCCCUCUGUCAAGAUGUGGCACCUCAAACUCUUUGCAGUGCUUAUGACUUGUCUGCUGCUGUUGGGCCAGGUAAAUGGCUCACCAAUACCGGAAUUGAGCUCAGCAAAGAGAAGGCUGAGGAGAAUGACCCCAUUCUGGAGAGGGGUUUCCCUCAGGUGCAUUGGAGCCUCCUGCUUGGAUGAUUCGGAAUGUAUCACAAGGCUAUGCAGAAAAAGACGCUGUUCCCUAAAGGUGGCCCAGGAAUGAUGUACAAACCAGAGAGAGAGAGGAUUGUCCUCACCUACAACAUUGCUGUGUUUUAUGGAAUCCUGAUUAACUGCAUUUUGGCUGGAGAUACAUAAGUGAAGCAAUCUUGUAUUUUUAAUAUUUAAAGACAGAUGUAUGCUUUUAUUGGUCUCCAUUUUUUCUUAGAAUCUUAGUAUAUGACUAAACUUUUCAACUUAGAGUUUAUUUUUAUAUGUAUACUAUUAAAUGUCUCAAAUGUGAAA